AUGAAACGAUGUACAGCAAAUGAAUUUGAAUGUAUUCGUGAUUCAACUUGUAUUGAUUUAUCAUCAGUUGGUGAUGGAAUAAUUGAUUGUAUUGAUUCAUCAGAUGAAUGUCCUGAUCCUAUACAACAAUUUCGUUGCCGUUGUGGUAUACCAAUAUGUAUUGAUCGUAAACAUUAUAUGGAUGGACAAAUUAAUUGUGAUGAUGGUUCAGAUGAAGGUUUAGAGGUUACCAUUUGUCAAAGUUUCAUACAAAAUGAACUAUUACCUAAUGGAAUGUUGACACGUCCACAACAACAACAACCACAGCAAAGGCCAUAUGAUAUGAAUGUUCCAUUCAUGACCGUUAUUGGUGAAGAUAAUGGAAAUAAAUACAUGGCUGAUGUUGAUGUUGAUGAUCCAAUUUUAUUAAUACCGGAAAAUAUUGAAGAACUUUUUUCAUCUGAAUUUUUUGAUUCAUUAUCAACAACAUCAUCACCGUAUAUCGAUGAAAUAACAAUGAAUUCAACUACUACUAACAAUGAUAAUACGAUUGAAACAUCAACAACGAAACAAUCAACAAUGGCAACAACAACAUCGACAUCGACAAGUCAUCAAGAUGUAGUCGAACUAACUGGAACAUUUUUACCAUAUGAAUUGUUGACAGCUCCAACAAAAUAUCCAUAUUAUCAUCGAUCAAUGAUUACACCUCCAAUUCUAUUAGAAAAAUUGACUGAAACAAAUUCAAUUGUUGAAAUAACUGGAACAUUUAUACCACAAAUGAUGACACAAUCAUAUGAUAGUGAAACUGGUCAACAUCGACAACCGAUGACCACCACCAUUACUGCCAACAACAAUACUAUGAUGAACGAAUCAGUUAACAAGGAACGAUGGAAAUCAACGAUGACAAAAAUUGAUGCUAAUCAUGCAGUCGAAACGGAAAAAAUGGCUAGAAUAAAAAUCAAACAAGCAACAAAUCAAACAUUUAUCAUUGGCAAUAAACGUUUGACAAUUCUCACGGGAAUCUUUUGAUCAUCAAAUGAUGACAUUGGUACAGCAUUCAUUGUAGCGUGUGGUGAAAAUCGACUAGCCAGAAUAGCAAUGGAUUAUGAUCGAAUGAUCUGUGAUAAUGUUCCUAUCAAAAUACGUAAAGAACGGCCACGACAAUUUACUGAUGAUGGAAAUCAUCGACAAUCAUCAACAAUAAAUGGUACAUUAACCAUUAAUUUAGCAUCGGCUGGAAAAUCAUUGAUCGUUAUACCAGUGUUUACAACUGGUGGUGGUGGUGGUGGUGGUGGUAGUGGUGGUGCUAGCAGAAACAGUAAUAAUAUAAAAAUGGUUCAUGCUGAAAUUGAAUUGAAUUUUAAUGAUGACAAUAAUAUGGUUGGUCGACCAAUGAAAACAAUCAUUUUAUCUGGAUUAGGAUGGAAGAAUAUUUCAAAAAUUGAGGUCAAUGCAGAUAGAAAAUAUGUUCCAUACAUAGUGAAAGAUUUACAGCCAUCGAUUGUUGAUGUACGAUUCGAUAUUAAAAAACAAUUGUCAAAUGUACAGAUUAUUGAUAAUGACAAUCAUCAUUAUCAUCAUCAUCAUUCAUUCACAUUACCAUCAUUGUCAUCAUCGUCUGCAUUGAUUGUACCAACUACGACGACGACGACGACGACGACAACGACAACAUCAUCCAUUUCUAGUAAUAAUCAUAACAUAAUGAUGUCAUCAAGAAUUUUGUCCAAAUUUUUAAAUCGUCCACGAAUGCAUACUACAACAGUGGGACGUUUCAAUGAACAAGAUGAUGUGGAAAAGAAAUUCUUGUUGGAUAAUUAUUUCAGUGGCAAUAUUCCUCAAUAUGAUCCAACCAUUGUGGAACCAACAUCAUCAUCAUCAUCCGUUACGGUGAAUCGAAUUCGUGAUACAAGCACCAUUUUUGGUUUCAUUGAUUUUACCACCAUUGUUAAUGGUACAAUGUUGAUUUUUACGCCCAAAAUCAAAGUCGAUUCAUCGGUGGAUAAACAUUCGACCAUUAAACCAACUAAAGUUGCAUUGUUCCAUGAUUAUCUUCAAACAUCAUCAUCAUCAUCACUUAUUGGUAAAUCCAUUCCAUCAUAUGAUAAUGGUAAAAUAACUGUUUAUGAUGAGAAAAUAUCACCAUCAUCGAUGACACCUGAAUUUAUUUCAUCACGAAAGCUUGAUAAAUAUAAUGAAUAUUUAGUCACUAGUGAUGGCAUAACAAUUACAAAUGGAUUCAUAUUGCCAAGUUUUUCAUCACAUGUGCCAAAUUCAUUGAAAUCAUCAACAAUGACAUUAGAUACUUUCAUUACUAGUCAAUCAUCACAAACGUUACCAUUGAAAUUGAUUGCCACAACAUUUACAACAAAACAUACUGAUUUUAUAACUGAACAAAUUGAUGGCGGUAAAAUACGUACACGAACAUCGGAAAUAAUAUCCACUAAUGUUAUUUAUAAUAAAAACAAUGAUGAUGAUGAUGAUGAUAAUGAACAAUCGAAUCGAAUAAGGCCUACAAAACCAAUGAAAACAUUUUUCACUACAUAUACUUAUUUUACUACAUUUAAAAAUUCUGAAACUGAAUUUGUACAUAGUCGUAAAGAGAUUGUAACAAAUAUUGUCGAUCCUUUUGAUGAAGAUUUAGCCAUUAUUGUACCAACAUCAUCAACAUCAUCAUCAUCAAUCACGUCCACAAAGAUGGUCACAAACAUUUCCGAAAUAAACAGUGAUGCUGAUGCUGAUGAUGAUGAUAAUGGUGAUCCAAAUACAUCUUCCGCCAUCCAUUUGAUUGACACAAGACCUUUGUCUUCAUUUUCAUCAUCAUCAUCAUCAUCAUCAACGCCAACUACAAUAAAAACAAUGCCAACGACAAUGAAUGAUGAUGAUGAUGAUGAUAAUGGCCAACAACAACAACAACAAAUGAGUCCGACACCAAGUCUUCAUUCUUUGAAUUUGAAUUCAAAUAAUAAUAACAAGCCUACACCUUUGAAUAAAUCAUAUCUGGGAAAAUUAUUGUCCGGUAUAGCCGUUCCAAUCACACAUUAUACGACGUUUACAUAUUAUACGACAUUUUUCAAAGAUUCAACAUCACAAAUUGUGUCCCGUACAAAUGUCAUAUCAAACAUUGUGACCGGAACAAUAAAUCUUAAUCAGUCACCACCAAUGCCAUCAUCAUCAUCAUCAUUAGUAUCGAUACAUAAACGUUCAAUCAUUGAAGAGAAAGAUUUUACAGCAGCAGCAGCCGAAAAUUUACCAAUUGUAAUCACACCAGUUACUGAAUUUUCAACAUCAACAUUAUACACUACGUUUUUUGUACCCGGUCAAGGUUCAACGGUUGUAACAAAUACACAUAUCUAUUCAAAUAUCUAUCUACCUGAUGUUGAAGAUUUAAUUCAUACAACCACCACAUUACAACAACAAGUUCAACGUCCGAUAAAAACGUUUCAAAAUUAUCCAGUUAUAACAACAAUCAAUUAUCAUUCACCAUCGACCGUAAACGAUGAACGUAUUCAAGAAUCAUCGACGACAAUAUUGAACCGUAUUCAACAACAAUCUAAUGACGGUAUUGUUCGACUAAUCAAUGGAAUACCGGUGCUAGAUGAUCAAAUUGUUUUAAAUACAGAUAAUGCACACAAUGAACGACAAAAUACAGUGGUUCCAUUUGUACCACAAUCUGUCCGACAGCAACAACAACAAUUAUUAUCAUCAUCAUUGGCUCGUAUCGAAAUUGAAGGCUCAAAUGAUGAUAACAAUCACGAUAUUGGAACUUCUACCAAUUCCAUCAGACGUAAAGUUAUAAAAGUGACCAAAACAAGAAAACUUAUGGAUACCUUGAAUUUCAAUAUCAAUAAUAAUGGUGAUGAUCGCCGUAAAUCAACAGUGAUUGUACGUAGGCCGCCAUCUACAUUGAUUACAUCAAUUGGAGACAGUAAUACAAUAUUAGUUGAUGGUCAUUAUCAUGAUAUAGACGGUAUAGAUCGUACUGGACGAUUACAUCCAUCAAUAACGCCAACGCCAGUGACAUAUUAUACAACAUAUACAUAUUUCACUACCGAAUUGAUUGAUGGUCGACCAAUUGUUCGCUCUAAUGAACAUCUUUUCUCUACAGUUAUUACUGGUAAAAUCCUACCUACACGAGUUGUUCCGGAUCAAAAUCUACGCCGUAUUCGUCGUACUGUGGAUACAUUGAUUGAUACUGUGGAUAAUCAUCUUGAUGAACAAAAUAAUCAUCAUCAACCGCCAUUAUCGACUUUGGAAUCAAAUCGAAAAAUUGGUAUCGUUUCCGAAAUGACCAAUCAGAAUGGUGAUCAAACUUUAUUAACACAAAUUAUUGGCACUACAAUCAAUGGAUUGUAUGCUCAAUUUGCCAUCACUAAAACAUUAGAAUCACCUACAUUGAAUCCAAUCACAAUUCAAUUGAAUCAAACAUCCGAUAAUGAAUUGAAUGAUGUUGUUGAUUAUGAAAUUACCGAAUCUAAUCACAUGGAUACAACGACAACCGAAAUGUCCAAUAUUAUUAGUGAUGACGACGAAGAAUCGAUUACAACAGAAUCCCCGAUUGAUAUGAAUAAUCAAACUAUGACAGAGAUGUCUAUAGAUUCCGAAAUGAUGAUGGUCGAUGAUUCGUGGUUAAGUGAUGAAAAUGUUCUAAGUGAAUCGUCUUCACUCAGUUCAUCGAUCGAUAUUGAACCAACAUUUUCAUCACCGAGUGAAACACCAAAAUUAUCUUCAUCGGUAUUACCCAAUAGCACCAAAUCGGCGACCACCACCACCACCACCACCAAUGACAAAUCGACCAUUGAUUAUCGUACCGGUUUGAUAUCAUCAUCAAUCGAAACGUUGACCAAUCUUGAACGACAAGAAUUGAUUCAUUUAACAAAGGAAAUUUUCGGUACGUAUAUUGGAGGUAUAUAUGCACAUUUGGCCAAAACACGAUCCGAAACUAUCACUUUACCACCACCACCAUUACAAACACAUCCUGUAUCAUCAUCAAUGAUAUUUCAUACUAUCUCUGCCUCUGCCAACUUGGCAACUACAACAACAACAACAACUGUACAAAUGACACCAUCAACCAUAAGCCUGUUUUCCGGUUCUUUGGACCCUUUUUCAUUGAAUGCCACUAUUACCGAUGCUUCUAUUUCCACUGCAAUUGAAAGCACAUCUUUUGAUCCUGAUUUGCACGUUAAUAAUAUUGCUACCUCUUCCAUGAUUAUUGAUGAUGCCGUAUCCAAGAUUAUUAUUUCCGAUCCCAAAGAAACUAUCAUUUCCUCACCUACCUUUACAAUUUCUUCCUCUUCUUCUUCUUCUUCUGUCUCUGUUGUUGUUGUUGAUGAUGAUGAUGAUGAUGAAAAACAUUCGACCAUUGAUUUAUGGCCAUCAUUACCUGGUUUAUCAUCCAUUUCAUAUGCAACCGGAACAAUCAAUGAUACAGUAUUGGUAGUACACACAACAGAAUUUUAUACAACACAAAUCAAUGGUUUCACAGCACAUUAUUCUCGUGAAACAUCCAAUAUGAUUGGAACAAUUGAUCCAACAACUACCACAACAACAACUGUAACAAAACCAUCGGUUCAUUUUCCAACACCAGUUAGAUUUUUAUUUAGUUCAUCAUCACGUUCAUCAAUUCCAAUGCCUGCACAAGUUAUUACCACUGUUGUUACAGUAACCACAACUCUUUUCGAUGAAUCUAGUGGUUAUUCAUCAUCACAAUCACAAUCACAAUCAUCAGGAUUAAUUCAAAGUGAAUCCAAUUCAUGGUUAGCAUCUAGAAAAUUUAAACCAAUCUAUAAUAAUCAAGAUUAUGAUGAUGGUGAUGGAGAUUCAUCACCAUACAUGCUGUCCAGUUCAUCAUCCGGACAAAUGCCAAGAAGUCGAACUAUUCGUGAAAAAGAUAAUGCACAACCACUCUUUGAUUAUGGUGAUUCUGAUGAUGAUGUGGAUUAUAUUGAUCAGAUUGAUACUCCGGCUAGAUUAGACUCAUCAUCAUCAUUGACGACGACAACUACAACCACCACCACCACCACCACAUCUUCACCAAGAACAGCCAAUAGAAAUUUAUAUUGGCAACCACGUCGUAAUCCAACCACUGGAUUUGGUCAACGUGUAGGAUACAAUGAACCGGAUACAAAUUGGUCAUCGAAUACACGAGCAGUUAUCAAUAAUAAUAAUAAUAAUCGUGUUGUAACACCUCGUCGUAGAACACAACAACAAUCAAUUUCGAGAUCAACUGCUUCUUCACCUGUUUCGACAAGUGCAACACGUUCAUUAGAAUUUUAUCAUUACAAUGAUUAUAAUCCAAAUAUUUCGGAUCGAACAAAUCAAAGAACAAAUUCGAAUGAUUCGAAUUCUCGUCAUAAACAGUCUCAACAUUUGGAUCGAAAUAGGAGUUUGAAUCGAAAUCGUGGCAGUCUAAAUCGUGGCCGUUCAUAUUAUACACAAUUGACUACAACUACGACAACCACUCCUGCUCCUAGGAACAUAAAUCUACUUCCAAAUCAACGACUUCGUUUGAAUCGUAAAUAUAGCCGAAAUCGUUUACCUCAUCUAAAGAAUUUGAAUCGUGAUACACAACAACAUUCUUUGUCUACAUAUCAACGAUCAACACAAUCGGAUCCAAUGGAUCAACAGCGGAAAUUUGGCCGUGGAAAUCGCCGUUCACGAUUACAUCAGCCAAGUUUACAGCAACCAAUAGUGGCCAGCACUAUUUAUGCAACGGAAACCAUACCAAAAGUUCCGAUAACUGUCACAUCGAUUGCUACUACAGUGAAAACUGUACCAAUUUUUCAUGGUUUUCGUACUUCAUAUGCAACAUUAACAACAACAACAUUGAAUACAAGCAUCAUUCCACAUACAUCAUAUGAAACAAGUGUAGAUGAUGAUGGAACAACACGAACAUUGUAUACACGAAUGACUGAUCAAUUGGAACCGCAUAAAAUUACCGAAAUUCUUGUAACCACAAGUGCAUUACAAGAAGUUAAAUUAAUACCAAUCAAAUUUGGUUAUAGUACAAGAACCGAAACAUUGACGGAUGUGAAAACAUUUACAAUGUUAACCACGGUCAUUUCUACCGAUUCAUUAGCAUUGUUAACACAAUUAUUACCACCACCACCUGGUAGUACAUUAUUGACUACCACUUAUGUUACUGACCAUACACUUUCAUCCACUACCUCAGUAUCGUUAUUAUUACAUGGAAAAACAUUAGUUAGUACAUUGACAUUCACAUCGGUUGCCGAAACAACCGUUACGAAAACAUUGACCGUUCCAAUAACAAAUACAGAUCAUCAUCAUCAUCAUCAUAAUAAUCCUUCACCAUUAGUAACAAUGUUAACACUUUCGAUACGUGGCGAAAAUGGUGAUAUUACUGAAUUGAUCACCGCUAUUACUGUUCCAUUACAGCAGCCACAAUUACAAUCAUCGACCAUUAUGGCUACAAAAGUUGAACGUGAUAUACGAUCAACUUUAAAUCGAUUAGAUAAUUACAAUGAAAGAAUGUUCGAUGAUGAUGAUGAUAAUGAUGGAUUGGAACAACAACAACAACAGAGCCAAACAAAAUUAAAAAACAAAAAUAAUAAUCAUCAUCAAUUUAUUUCCACUUCCUUUAUGACUGUUGAUUCAAAAUUACAAUCACAAGACACCAAUUCUCAUCCUUAUUUUAUUACCACAAUUUUUAAAGGUCCCAAUACGGAAAUCUAUGAAGCAAAUGUAUUGCCCAUUGAUAUGGAUAAUCAGGAUGAAUCACCAACGGCAACGUUUCGAAAACGUAGACUAUUACAAUAUAGUGAUAAUAUCUAUAAAGAAUUAUCCGGUGGUACAUCAUCCAAUUCAUUCACAUCGGAACGUAGUAAACCAAAUCGAAAAUUUCAACGUGUUCGAAUUAAAUCAAAAGCAGCCUCUUCUUUGAAUCAUGUAUCUGGAUCAUCAUUGACUGAAUUUAAUCGAUUGGUAGGUAUUCAGGAUAAACAAUCACCACCAUCAUCAUCAUCAUCAUCACCGCACAUCAAUUAUGGUCCAGAAUCAUUCAAUUCAUUUCGGCGACAACCAGUUCAACUUGAUCAACCAUUCAAUAUGUAUAGUAGUGUGGUUGUAUCGAUUCCACCGAUUAGUUCGACAGCAUCAUAUUUAUUGGCCAAUAAUUUUCAGAAACCAACUUAUCGCAAAAUUAAACCACAACAAAGUCGUCGAAUUGUGUCCAGUAUUAGACAGGUAAAUCCAACAGUUGCUGCUGCUAAUCCAUUACAUCAGGCCAUACAACCGAGUCAUGUAUUAUCAUCAAAUCUUAUGAUUGCUUCAUCCACUUUGCCAUCGUUUAUUGAAAUUCCUAAUCAAUUUAAUCAUAAUAAUAAUAAUAAUCAUCACCAUCACCAUCAUCAUCAUCAUUAUCCACGAUUACCAUCAAGUCCAACGCUUCCAAUUCAACCGGAUCCACGACAUGUUAUUCAACAUAUCAAUCAUGCUAUAUUACCACAUAAAAAUCGUAAUAAUCCAGUCAAUCAAUUCAAUGUUCAUAAUGUUAUGGAUGACCAGGCAAUUGCACUGCCAUAUGAUACUGGUUCCAAUUAUCCACCACCUUCUAAUGGUGAUUUGGAUAUAUCAAGAUCAAUGGUUCAUGGAUCAUCAUCUUCAACAGAGCAAUAUUCACCAUCAUCUGUUCAACAACAUGAAUCAUCAUCAUCAUCAGCGAUUCAUACGCCUACAAUUCCAUUAACUUAUUAUACAACGUUUACAUAUUUAACAACCGUUAUUCGUGGUCAACAUACAGCUCAUUUAAGUCGUGAAAGUGUCACUUCGGCCAUCACAACACGAGCAUUGGAUAAAAGUAUUGUGGAAAUUGUUCGCGAUUCUGAUGGUGUUAUAGAACCGACAAGAUUACAAGAAUUGGGCACCAAAACCAAAGGUCUGGCCACAACAAUUUACAAUGCUUUAUAUCAGGUUCAGAUCUAUAAUGAUGAUCUUUAUAAAGUAAUACAAAAAACAUAUAAUAAACAAGUUUCAUUUAAACCUUGGCAACCAAGCACCACUUCUUAUCAUCCUGUUUUUGUUACAAAUCAUCUGGAUGUGCCGAAAGAAACGCCAUCUAUUAUGGAAUCAUCAUCGGUUGAUCAUCAUCAUAAUGAAUUUGAUAUCAUUCGUACAACUAAAGUGGAUGAAUCUUCGUAUCCACUCACCACUGUUGAUACACCAUUGUUGUCGUCUUCGAUUUUGGAACCAUCAUAUCAACCGGUGGAGAAUACAGCCGAACCGACACCAACCAUUGAUUCAACGCUUUUCUCUUCACCAACAUUGAUACGAUCUUCAGUACGAAUAAGUUCAAGUGUUGUUCGAAAACCAUAUAAUCCACGUUAUACUCAUCCAAUGUCAAGAAGUCGACUUCGUAUGCGUGUCAGUUCACGAACAUCACAUUUACCCGUUGUUAUUGAAUCAUCCAUUUCCGAUUCGUUUAUCACUUCAUCACCAACUUUGGAUGAUGAUUUGUUUUCUUCAUCAUCGAUUUUGGAUUCACUUAACGAUGCCAUUAGCUCAUCACGAGCUGCGUCAACACCAACUACAAACGUUUUGAAUCGCCCGAAUUUAUUCCGAUCCAAAGUAAUUUUCCGUCCACGACCAGGACAAACUGGACACCAACCAUUGAAUAGUAAAAUAAUGCGUAUCAGUAGCCGAUUAGUUCGUCCAGGUACCACAUCAUCAUCAUCAUCAUCAUCAGAGUCAUCAUAUGAAAUUUCAAGUCCAACACCGACAAUGAUAAUACCAUCAGCUACAUUAUUACAAACUUCUAGUGGCUAUUACACUGGAAAUGAAUCUGGAAACGAUAAAAUGGAUCAUUCGGAUGCUGCUCGUGCAAAUAAAUUUGUUCGUGUUUCGAAUGGUGUCACAUUAAUCAUUUCAAGUCGUAUGCCAACACCAACACGGCCAUAUACAUUCGAACCAACAUUGGUGACCGGUGGUGCUGUAUUGAUGAAAAAUAUCAUUCCAGAACAAUAUCAUCAUCCAGAUCAACAUGGUUCUUCGUCUUCAUCAAAUUCCAUAGAAUCAAUCGAACCAACUAUGACCACAGAAACGGUGAAAUAUUUACGUACAAGUACAUUGCUCUCUACAAUGACUUAUUUUGCCACACUAUUCAAUGGUUCAACUUCAUCGAUUACACCGAUUGAAGAUGUGAAAACUGAAUUCAUUACAUUCCCAGAUACGACAACAGUAACAAGAUCAGUGGAUAGAUCAAAUAUUUUUAUUGAUGGUUCAAUCACAUCGAUACCGUCUAGCCAGAUAUUGUUCAAUCCUACUGAUUAUAUAACAUCAGCUCCAAGAUUGUCAUCAACAGCAUAUAGGCCAACAUAUUUGACUAGUUUGAAAAGUACAUACACAACAUUGACUCAUUAUAUAACAUUAUUUCAUGGUUCACAUACCGUACUGUCUUCGAUUGAAGAAAUAAGUCCAACAAUUGUUACCGAAACAUUUGGUGUACAACAGACAAAACCAACACACGGUGAUCACAUCAUGUCAUCAUCAUCAAUCAAUGUUGAACAUCAUCAUCAUCAUCAUCAUCAUCAUAAUCAUCAUAUGCCAAACAUUCGUUUCACACAACCAUCGAUUGAUGUGGCAAAACAAUCAAAAAAUCUUUUUGGUGGAUUAGUACCAAGCGUUUCGACAUUAUUCACUACUCAUACCUAUUAUACAACAUUAUUCAGUGGUACAACAUCAAUCAUUCAAAGUCGUGAAGAAAUAACACAUUCAUUGAUAACAAUGUAUGUUCCUAGUAGUCAAAUGACACAGCAGCCAUCUAUGCAAAUAGCGACAACAACAACAACAACUGGUUCAAGCUCGUCAACAGAAUUACCAUCGUUCAAUAAUUAUGAUGACUUAUGGCAAUCAAUUAGUGAUAGUAGUAGUAGUAGUAGCAGUAAUCAACAAACACCGCCAUUAAUGAAUACAGCAACAUCUAUUUAUUCGGAUUAUGUUCCAGAAGAUCAAAUUAUUGUCGGAAGUGGUUCAAUUCAAGUGGAACCAAGUAUGACGGAUAAUUCUGACAUUUUAUCAUCUACAUUAAAGGAUACAUCAGAUGCAGUUGUUUAUUUUACUAAUUUUAUAUUGCCAUCCAAUGUUGUCGAAUCGGACAAUACAAUCGAUGGUGCAAAAGGACCAAUUAAUCCACUUUUGAAUCAUGGUGAUCUAACAUUGAUUGCUGAUCACAAUAAUAAUAAACCAUCGGAUAUGGCAGUGCCGAUUCUGAAUCCAAUAAUGCCAACACAACAGAUGCAUCCAGCCAUCGUUGAUUCAAUGCAAACACAAUCACCAGCUAUUAAACCUGGUGCUAUAAUCGAAUUGACUGAUCUUUUGGAUGGUGCUAAUCUUGCCGGUAAUAUUGGCGAAGCAAUCAAAGAUAUUGUACAAAUAUUGGCCAAAGGACAGAAAAAUAAAAUACCAAACAAUCCAACAUCGGUCAGGGAUAAUGCAGCAUUUGAUAUUGAUCGAACAUCAGUCAUCAAAGAUAUGAUAAUGCCACCUAAAGAUGGUGCUACUGUUAGCCAUAUGGAUGACCCGGUUUAUAUUCCAAUUAAUCGUCCCGAAUUAUUCACAUCGCCAACAGUAUCUUUUCCAUCAUCAUCGCUUUUUGAACGAACAUCUUCAAUAUAUUUCAUGGAAAAUAUGCCACCUGUAGCUUAUGUUCCAGUGGAAUUGCCCGAAUCAUCACCCACAUCAUCAAUUCAUGAUAUUCAAGCAAUCAUACCAAAAUUAUCUGUAGAUGAUGGACUGUUGACAUCAUCCAUUUUGGUUAAACCUUCAUUUACAGUUCCCGUCUAUGAAUCAUCAUCAUCAUCACAAGUACGAGAAUCCUAUUUAUUCCCAUCAAAAUCACCAAUAUUUAGUACAGCUGGAAAUGCUCCCUCAACAUCAAUUGGUAUUGCUGAUAAUAAUGUGCCUCCGAUGAUUCAUCCUACUGAAACCAAAUAUAUAACUAGUGUUUAUUACACAAGAGAUUCACCAUUAACAAUCACAUCUUCAUACACAACGACAAUGCCACUUAGAACUGUUGUCACAACUAUUGUUGGCUCAAAAACUAUUCUAAAUACGUAUAGUACCGAAAUUAAACCAACAAAAUCCACUUUUAUUCCACAAAGUACGAUCACAGGAGAUUCAAACACAAGAAUUCGAAUGCAACCACAAGGUGCAUCGACAAGUGGUGGCGAACAACGAUCAUCACCGUUCCGUCCAACACGUAAACCUGGUAUUAAUCGAUUCAAGCCACCAUCGAGAGCAACUGAACCACCAAAAAUAUUCAAAACAAGUCAUCGUCCUAGACAGCCAUACAAACCAUCGCCAACACCACCACCAACUGAUUUUGAUUCUGAUCAACAACGACCAUCAGGAGGAUCGGCAACGAAAAAGACUACGAAAUUUUCAUAUCCAAAAACUACGACUCGACCAUCGAUUCUUGAUCUUGAUCAAUGUAAACCUGGUUGUAAUGCUGCUAACAAAGAAAUAUGUAAAGAAUUUGAUGGCAAAUUUAAAUGUGAUUGUCGUCCAGAAUUGCAAAAUUUUAUCGUAUUGGUUCGUGUCACUAGAUUAGGUGACCACGAAUUAGAAUGGAAUAGCAUCCUAAUGAAUCAUACAUCAGAUUUAUAUCAGAAUCUUGCCAAAGCAGCUCGAAAUCAGAUUGAUUCUGCUUACAUAAUGAUCAGUAGUAUGAAAGAGAAUUAUAUUGGUGCCGAUGUUUUGGACAUUAAUCAAGCACAAGAUGGACAUGGUGUUCUCGUCAAUAUGACCAUUCAUUUAACUGAAUCAAAUAAUAUUGAUGAAGAUUUGAUUCGUGAAGAAUUGUCGCGAACAUUGAUGAUGAAACCUCCUCAAUCAUUACAACCAUCAUCAUCAUCAUCAUCAUCAUCAUCCUCUUCUGAACAAUUACCAAGUCCACAACAGAUCUAUGCUGAUCUAGAAGAUGUUGUUGAUUUCGAUGAAUGUAGUUCAGAAGAAUAUAAUGAUUGUGCAAGUUCUGCACGUUGUAUUAAUGAACCAGGCUCAUAUCGUUGUGAAUGUCUUAAUGGUUAUCCAGAUUUAGAUCUUUCAUUCCCCGGUCGAAUGUGUGCAUCGGAAAUUAAAGCUUGUGAAUUCUGUUAUGGCCGUGGUGAUUGUUAUCGUGAUGAAACUGGACAAAUUAGCUCUUGUAAAUGUCAUCGAAUGUAUUUGGGACGUCGUUGUGAGAUUAAUGGUCUAUUGUUGGCUAUAUUCAUUCCAGUAAUUGCCAUUCUAAGCAUCAUUACAAUCUGUUCAAUUGUUUAUUGUUGUCGAAAAUGGCGUAAUCGUGCAUUGGUUAAAGGAUUCCGUAAUUUUAGUGCUUAUGGUCCUAACAUGAUUGGUUCUACAUUGGAUCGUAAAGCAAUGUUGGAAACUUCAAGUGAUAAUAGUGAUCCAUUACGAUCACACAUUUCAUAUGAUGGUCCAGGAAUAACUAAUACUGAUGCAACUUUAUCAAGAGAAUAUCGACGUCGCCGUGAAAGUGAACAUCCACAACAACAGUUGUCUUCACAUCAUCAUCAUCAUCAUCCUCAUGAUCAUCAUCAAUAUAAUGGUGGUGAUAUGAUUGGUGCUUCAUAUCCAAAUAUCGGUACCAGUUCAAUACCAUAUAAUUUUAGUACACAAUUCAUGAUACCUAGAGUUAGAAAUGCAAGUUCAACAAGUUUACAAACAUAUGGUAAUAAUGGCUAUAAUAAUAAUAAUCAUGGUGGCCGUAACCAUAGACAUCAUUAUAAUAAUCAUCAUCAUGGUCAGAAUAAUAAUAGUCAUGGACAUUCACAUAGUCAUCAUCAUAAUCAUCAUCAUCAUCAUACAUCAUCUGGUUAUGAUUAUGAUGGCAGUGGCGGUAGCGGUGCAAGUUCCGGUAAUCAUCGUUCACAUCAAUAUGCUGCUUGGUGAAAAAAAAAAUCAGACACAUCUUUGAUGAUCAUUCCAGUGACAAUAAUGAUAAAUUCCAAGUAUAAUCUAUUAAUCAAAUUGAGUACAUCGGUACUAAUUCUGUGUGUGUGUGUGUGUGUGUGUUUGAUUGAUUUUUUCCAUUUUUCACUUGCUGUCAACUGAAUUUGUUAAUUAAUGCCAAUAUUUUUUUCCCUUGUUUUUUUUUAAUUUCAUUCUCUCAACGAAUCAACGAGAAUGUCAAUGAUUAGAAUCACACACACACACACACACACACACACAGAAUAUAACUGUGUAUGUACCACCACCAGUAAGUAACCAGUGAAUAGGAUUUACGUAUUUUUGUUUCAUUUCGCGUUAAUUGUUUUUUUUCUAUUUCAUAAUGUUUAUUUUUUCCCCCCAUUUCUUGAUCAUUCUCUGUCUUAUUUUGUUUUAUUCAAUUUGAUGAUCAAGUUUUUUUUCUGUUUACUAUGCUUUACAUGUUUAGCUCAUUUUUUAUCUUUUUUUUUGUCCACUGCCUAUUAAUUUUGAUGAUGAUUUGUAUUUGUGAUUGGAUCAGCAAAAA